CGUCAUCAUCAGCCUAAGAGCUUCAACGUCGUCAUCGAGAUCAGCAGCGUUCUCCGAAGGCGAAGCUGAAGAGCUGACGAUUUGCUGCGAUGAGCAAAAGCUUCUCUGAACUGAUAGGCGCAUCCCGUCCCGGUGCCGCCCGUUCACUGUCCGUUGUCACAAGCCAGACCAGUCAAAGUAAUCAAUCAGCCGAUUCGAGCCACUACAGCAACAGCGAAGACGAGUCUCUCGUCCUAACGCUUCCCUUCGUGAGCUGGACCUGCUGCCUGACGGUGCUCUUCGUCGGCAUCAUGGUCGCCAUCUUCACGCUGGGGAUAGCGCUGACGCUCACCAGUCCCGUCACCGCCGCGCCACAGCGCGUUCGCAGGGCUGGCGCCGACAACCAAACGUGCGCGAAGAGACGCUGCACCUGGCUGAUGCGCACGGUGAACGGCUUCUCUCCGGACAGCGCCCCCUGCGACGACUUCUACCGGCACGUCUGCAGAACACGCGACGGCCGCUGGCUCAGUCGCACCGGCCACAUGGACUUCGACGUGAACAGCGCCGUCUCAAGGCUGUUUCGAAAACCGCUGUCGCCAAAGAAGCGAGGGACGGCGGCGCAAAAGGCCGCCAGUCUCUACUCGGCGUGCACCAACGUACUGCGCCGCGACAGAUCGGAAAUGGGCGACCUGCGCUCUUUCAUGCGCAAGAUGGGGCUGGACCUCCUGGCCACGGGCGACAAGUCGAAGAAGGACGCCGUCGACGUCAUGUGCGCUCUCUUCUUCCGAUACGGCAUCAACACGCUGCUGUCCUUCGUGAUGCACGACCUGAUCGCCGUCAACGGAAAGAAGCUCGUGAGCGUCAGCUUCAGCCGCAGCUUCGACGCGUGGAUCGUAAAGCGCGAGAAACUGAUCGCGGCGAGCAGGAUCAGCCACUUUUACGUGCACUACGUGAACGCCUACCACAACAACAGUCGCAACGACACUUGGGACGUGCUGGCGAGGGUGUCGGAUGCGGACAACGUGGCCUGCUCCCUCCUGGCGUCCUUCCUCCGCAAGAGAGAAGCAGCCCCCGCACGCAUACGAAUACGGCACCUUUCUCGCUUCACGCAAUCGACGGUGUCCAGCCAAGAGUGGGUCGACGCCUUCGCCGUGCACAGCGGAUCCGCGUACGCCGCGGACGACGUCGUGUACGCGAAUCCCGCCGCGCUCAAGUUCUUCGACGCCCUGGUUUCCCGACUGGACCACGACGGCGUCAAGUGCGAGAUGGCCUGGUGCCUGCUCAGGGAGUACGGAUCGUACGCCGACAGAAGGCUCAGCAGCAGCGUCGCCGGACACAACCAGACGUGCCUGGAAAGAGUGGCGGCCGUCAUGGGACCCGCUCUUUACGGCACCUACAUCUUCAGACAGGUCACGGCGAAGACCAUUCGAACGGCCACCGACAUGGCGCUCAAGAUUCGCAGGCAGGCCGAACUGGACAUCGCGAGGGCGACGUGGCUGGACGCGAAGACGAAGCACCAGGCGCUGAAGAAGAUACAGAACAUCACGUUCCACAUCGGCUUCCAGAAAGGAAUGCGGACUACGGAAGAGCUCGACAGCUACUACCAGAACUACCCGUUCUCGGCAAAGCAUUUUCUGCUGAGCUGGCUGCGCGCGUCGAAGCUUACACGGGCGAAGCGGCUCGGAAACCGGAACAUGCUGCUGCCGCACCGCGCAUUCCCGACGGCCGCGUACGUGGGACAGGCGAACGCGGUUUUCAUAUCGGCCGACCUUCUCCGUCCGCCGGUCUUCGUGCCAGCGGGACCGGAGUCCUUCAACUACGGCGGCCUGGGACAGAUCAUCGCCCACGAAAUCUUUCACGCCUUCCUGAUCUCGACGAAAGGACUUGACAAGAAGCGGGUCCAUCGCAGCCAACAGGGCACAAUGAAGGACAAGAUGCGGUGUCUGAAGCGCUCUCACGACGAGGCGCUCCAAGGCGCGACGCUUCCCCAGCGCCGUCAUUCGGACGCGGAGAACGUCGCCGACCUCGCCGGCGCAGCUGUGGCGUUCAGGACGUACGCAAACUUGGGCGGCCGCAACGGGACGGCGUCGCACCAUGCCUCCUCCGAGGAACAGCGCCAAAUGUUCUUUGUCGGCCUCUGCCUCAAGCACUGCGAGCACGAGGAAAGCGACGCCUCGCUAUUCACGCCGUCGCCCCUUCGAUGCAUCGUGCAGCUGAGGAACAUGCGCGAAUUUUCCGCCGCGUAUCGCUGUCACGACGACGACGCAAUGAACGCCGCCACGAAGUGUUCUGUUAUUUAAGGCGGACUUCGAUACGAGCAGACUUUUAUAGAGUGUAUUAGAACCUUAUAUUGAAGUACACUUUAACACUGCCCCUUUGCUUGAUUAUUAUUAUUUUUUUGGCGCUCAGUGCAUUUCGAUCAUCGUGCAUAACUCUAAAGGAAACGUGAAAUAUAGUGCGUACUUUGA